AUGUGUAUGAUCGAUCCAAACAACAUCGUUCUCUCACAACUGACCGGUUAUAGAGGUCUUGGAAUGGGAGCAUUAGUGUUUGAUUGGGCAACGAUAACAGAUAGUAUAACUGACAGCUUUAGUUCACCUGUUUUAGUUCCACGAUUUGCACAAAUCAACGGCCUCGUUGGAUUUGUUUUCUUCAAUUGGUUUCUUAUUCCGCUUCUUUAUUAUACUAAUGUGUCAAAUUUUCAACGUUUGCCAAUUAGUAUUACUCAAUAUUACUAUAAUAAAUAUGGGACAAUACUUGAUAUUCCAGCUGAAGAAGUUAUGCGCAAUAGCACGACUGUGAAAUACUAUGAGCCAAUUUUCCUGUCUUGCGGAGACGCAGUUGGUCUUUAUUUAGUCUUUGGAUCAUUAGCUGCUCUUCUUGUUCAUACCAUUCUAUAUCACGGCAAAGAUAUUCUUCAACAGUUUCAUACAUCACUCAAACGACGAGAGAAUGAUAUCCAUUGUACACUAAUGGCCAAAUACCCAGAAGCCCCUGAGUGGUGGUACAUACUUGUAUUCAUCGUUUCAUUCAUCAUAUCUGCUAUUGUUUGUCACUAUGGUCAAUUAAUGCCAUGGUAUUAUCUUUGUGUAGCCAUUCCUUUCACAAUCAUUUGUUUGUUACCCAUCGGUAUUAUGCACGGAACAACAGCCCUUUCAUUUAAUGUCUAUUUCGUAGCGCAGUUUUUUGCUGGUGCAAUUCUGAAUCAAGCAGUACCAAUUUUCACAUUUGUGCUUUACAGCUAUCAAUUGCAACUAGUAUCAUUGUCUCUCAUUAGUAACUUAAAAUUUGGGCAUUAUAUGAAGAUUUCACCUCGUUCACUGUUCAUUGUUCAACUUUUCGUCACCGUUGUAUCCUCUCUAAUUCAAUCUGGAGUGAACCGUGUUGUGGUAACAUCUGAUAUCUGUAGCACACAAGGCUGGUCGUGCGCUGUCGAUUAUUCACCUGUUAUUCUAGGAGCAGUUGGGGCAUCAAAAAUUAUUGGUCCAGAGUCAGUUACAAUUACAAAUAGUGCUCAAUCCAUAAUUAUGGACUCGAAUGAUUCAAAAAUCGACGCUGUUUGUAUAUGA